UCGUCGGUCUCCACAAGCACGCUCUGUCCUUUCCUGCACCCCACGCUUUACGGAGAGAGGAAACGAGACACCUUUGUCUGUGCCGCACCCCAGGUGUGCACAGCGGCUCCCACCCGCAUCAGCCCAGGAGCGCUGAAUUUUAAAUCACCCAACAGCUCAUUUAAGACCUGCCCUAAACAACUCCCUACUCCACGACUAAUGGAGUGGUUAAUGUAAGACUCUUUUACUGCCAAAAAUGAUACCACUUACUGAUAUGGAUUUCUUAACAGUAGCUUGGGGCCACAUUGUAUAAAAUAGACUCCUGGGGUUCACAAAAGUCAACCCGCUUCUCAGGGGCCCAACCAUUCUCAAGCCUCCCUGAGGCCAACCAGCGGGGUGACAGGAAGAACUUGGAUCUCAUGUGGGUUUUUUGUGUUUUCUCAUGGAGGGGCUACCAAGGAGAUUAGGGAGGAAGUGGCCCCCGCCAGCCAGGAGAGGACGGCUGGGUUUUCACGAUGGUCACUGCACCCAAAGCUUGUAUGCGCUACAUAUGAGAAGAAAUUAGCAGAUCGUGAGAGAGGUUCAUAUCUCAGGAUUGAUUUUUGAAAAACGGUUUUAAUUAGUAACAUCUUUAAAACAUAUUUAGAUGUUUAGGACAUUGAAUGAUGAACAUGUGUGCACAUCCAACCUGCUCGGCUGGAAGUGGCCCUGCCAUUCCAAUUUCCUUGACUUUCCUCAGCACCUUACCACGCACAAGGGAAGGAAAGGCAGAGAGAGAGGUUUGCUGCUGACCCCAGAGGCGACCCUGAUGGCUCCUGUGUUCACCACUCACUGCAUCCGUGAAUACAAAGCCUGUCUGCAUCUGUCCUUGUGGAUGAAACCAACAUUUAGGGCUUGAUUUCCCGGUUAUUCAAAGAGGCCCUUGGAGGAUCACCUUAGGUCAGGAGUUGGAGACCAGCCUGGCCAACAUGGUGAAACCUGGUCUUUACUAAAAAUACAAAAAUUAGCUGGGUGUAGUGGCAGGCAUCUGUAAUCCCAUUUACUUGAGAGGCUGAAGCAGGAGAAUUGCUUGAACCCAGGAGGUGGAGGUUGCAGUGAGCUGGGAUCAUGCCACUUUACUCCAACCUGGGGGAUAGAGCAAGACUCUGUCUCCAAACAAACAAACAAAACCAAAGAGGCCUGAGCUCUGGAAACACCACGCGAAAUGCGCCAUCUGUUUCCCCAUUUUCAUGUGAGUCGGGUUAGGGCUGACCUGUCCUGGGCUCACACACAAGCCCCCAACAAAACGGGGUUUGUGGUCUCUGCUCCUCGGUGGCUGAGACAUCAAGCCCCUCACCCUGUUUUCCUCUGUAGCUGUUUUGGGGGAUGCAGCACAGACAGCAAGCUUCUGGCUGCUUCAGGGGGCAGCGGCCUUGGGACCACCUUGUUGCAUCUGGCAGGUGGGUGUGGAAGGCAGGAGGGGGAUGGUAUGUGGAGCUCUGUCUUUCCUGGCAGAAGCUGGCUCUCAACACCUGUAGCUCUCAGAGGAGCAAACCCAGCACAGAACACUUUGAACAGAAUCACUGUAUUUGUGGAGGCUAAUAGGACAUCAAGGCGCCACCUCUCAGGGCAUGGAAGCAGCCUUUCCCUCUUGAUGUCCCCAAUGCCAGUGGGAGGACACAGUAGGCGGGGACCCUCCAGCCGUUCUGUGAGCGCCUGUGCAGGCUGGCGGGACAGGUGUGCACUCAGUAAACGAUGUUGAAUAAAUGCAUUCUUCUGCUGCAAACCAGAUGCAUGCUCUAAUCACAUCAGCUCACAGAAGGGCACAUGUGGUGCUCCAGACAGCGUGUGGGCUUUCACAAGCAGGCCUGAGCGCCAGCCCUGCCACCUUCUCUCCCUGUGGCCUGCAGCAUAUAAUAAUGAGUUAAAAUGGCACUAGGCCAUUUGCACAGCCUUGCACAUCAGCUGUGAGGCCUGGAGCCCUGGGUGUGCCCAGCACGGUGCCCAGGGACUCUGAGAGCCCGAUGGUGGCACGUCACCUCGGGGGGCAUUGGGAGCCCUGGACGCUGUCACCUCUCACCCCUCGGAAGCAGUUGUGGGGCAGAGGGUGGGAGCUGCUGGCUUGGGACCAGCUCAACACCUCUUGGGGAAAAGCAUCUCCGGCCACGCAAAGCAACCUCAUCAUUUCCUCCCUCGAGGAGCUCGGCAGCAGACAGGGGCCACAGGCAUGAACUUCCCACUUUGUUUCAGGACAGCCAGCAGCACGUCCCUCCCUUCCUCUGGGUUUGUAGUUGUUUGUUUGAACUUGAGACUUCCUGAGGCCUGGAAGGUGUUUUUGGCUUGCUCCAUAAGGCAAGGCGGUCCAGCCUACGCAGGCCCCCCGCCCUGUUCGAGGAAGGAAAGGCCCAGAACUUGCACACAGCGGGGCAGGCGCGGCAACUGGGUUUCUCUAGCACCACGGCAUUGUCUGCCUCCUCUUCCAGGCGUGCAGGGCGGUGGUGGCUCGGGCCAGGCUCCAGGAGGCCGGGCGCUCUGAGGAGGCGGCUCAGCCCUCUUGGGUUCUUUCUUGUGACUUGGUGAAGCCCAGAGUCACCAGGGUCCUGAGCACCUGUCUCUUGUGACCAUGCGGCACCCAUCUGGCUUUUAGCUGUCACAGCAGAGACCCGAAGGCUGUGGCUCCAGCAUCAGGGGGUCGCCUGUGGUCCCUGCGUGAAGAACCGGAGCUGCCUCCGCUUUGUAGCAGCCUUUGUGACAGGGCGGCUCGAUGGCCGAGAAGGGAGCAUCCCGGGGAACCCUGCGGCGGCUGUGGUCACUGCCCAGGAGGCGCCGGGGAACUGCAGGGCGCUCGAUGGCCGAGAAGGGAGCAUCCUGGGGAACCCUGCGGCAGCUGUGGUCACUGCCCAGGAGGCGCUGGGGAACUGCAGGGCGCUCGAGUCCAGAUGAAAUCAUGCACCAGGACAUCGUCCCGCUCUGUGCUGCCGACAUCCAGGACCAGCUAAAGAAGCGCUUUGCUUACCUGUCCGGUGGGCGGGGGCAGGACGGAAGCCCGGUCAUCACCUUCCCUGAUUAUCCGGCCUUCAGCGAGAUUCCGGACAAGGAGUUCCAGAAUGUCAUGACCUACCUCACCAGCAUCCCCAGCCUGCAGGACGCUGGCAUCGGAUUCAUCCUGGUGAUAGACCGGCGGCGGGACAAAUGGACCUCCGUGAAGGCAUCUGUCCUGCGCAUCGCAGCAUCUUUCCCGGCAAACCUGCAGCUCGUCCUCGUGCUUCGCCCGACGGGUUUUUUCCAAAGGACUCUCUCCGACAUCGCUUUCAAAUUCAAUAGAGAUGACUUUAAGAUGAAGGUGCCGGUCAUAAUGCUGAGCUCCGUACCAGACUUACACGGUUACAUCGAUAAGUCGCAGCUGACCGAGGACCUGGGCGGGACCCUGGACUACUGCCACUCCCGGUGGCUGUGCCAGCGCACGGCCAUCGAAAGUUUCGCCCUCAUGGUGAAGCAGACGGCUCAGAUGCUGCAGUCCUUCGGGACCGAGCUGGCCGAAACAGAGCUGCCCAAUGACGUCCAGUCGACAAGCUCAGUGCUGUGUGCUCACACAGAGAAGAAGGACAAGGCGAAGGAGGAUUUGAGGCUGGCACUAAAAGAGGGGCACAGUGUCCUGGAGAGCCUCAGGGAGCUGCAGGCUGAGGGCUCAGAGUCCAGUGUGAACCAGGACCAGCUUGACAACCAGGCCACCGUGCAGAGGCUCCUGGCCCAGCUGAACGAAACCGAGGCUGCCUUCGAUGAGUUCUGGGCAAAGCAUCAGCAGAAGCUGGAGCAGUGUCUGCAGCUCCGGCACUUUGAGCAGGGCUUCCGGGAGGUCAAAGCCAUCUUGGAUGCAGUGUCCCAGAAGAUAGCAACCUUCACGGACAUCGGCAACAGCCUGGCACAUGUGGAGCACCUACUGAGGGACCUGGCCGGCUUCGAGGAGAAAUCAGGCGUGGCCAUGGAGAGGGCCCGGGCCCUGUCUCUGGACGGCGAGCAGCUCAUUGAGAACAAGCACUACGCCGUAGACUCCAUCCGCCCGAAGUGCCAGGAGCUCCGGCACCUCUGUGACCAGUUCUCUGCGGAGAUCACCAGGAGGAGGGGGCUGCUCAACAAGUCCCUGGAGCUGCACCGCCGCCUGGAGACGUCCAUGAAGUGGUGUGAUGAAGGGAUUUACCUGCUGGCCUCACAACCUGUGGACAAGUGCCAGUCCCAGGACGGCGCGGAGGCUGCCCUCCAGGAAAUCGAGAAGUUUUUGGAGACCGGUGCAGAAAAUAAGAUCCAGGAGCUUAAUACGAUUUACAAGGAAUAUGAAUCCAUCCUCAACCAAGAUCUCAUGGAGCACGUGCGAAAGGUCUUCCAGAAGCAGGCAAGCAUGGAGGAGGUGUUCCACCGCAGGCAGGCCAGCCUGAAGAAGCUGGCGGCCAGGCAGACGCGGCCCGUGCAGCCGGUGGCCCCCAGACCCGAGGCACUGGCAAAGUCGCCCUGUCCCUCCCCAGGCAUUCGGCGAGGCUCUGAGAACUCCAGCUCCGAGGGCAGCGCACUCCGGAGGGGGCCCUACCGGAGGGCCAAGAGUGAGAUGAGUGAGAGCCGGCAGGGCCGCAGCUCAGCAGGGGAAGAGGAGGAAAGCCUGGCCAUCCUGCGCAGGCACGUGAUGAGCGAGCUCCUGGACACAGAACGGGCCUACGUGGAGGAGCUGCUGUGCGUCCUGGAGGGCUACGCCGCGGAGAUGGAUAACCCGCUGAUGGCUCACCUCCUGUCAACAGGCCUUCACAACAAGAAGGAUGUUUUGUUUGGAAACAUGGAGGAAAUCUAUCACUUCCACAACAGGAUAUUCCUCAGGGAGCUGGAAAACUACACCGACUGCCCAGAACUGGUUGGAAGAUGCUUUCUGGAGAGGAUGGAGGAUUUCCAGAUCUACGAGAAGUACUGUCAGAACAAGCCCCGCUCCGAGAGCCUGUGGAGACAGUGCUCCGACUGCCCGUUCUUCCAGGAAUGCCAGAGGAAGCUGGACCACAAGCUGAGCCUGGACUCCUACCUGCUGAAGCCAGUGCAGAGGAUCACCAAGUACCAGCUGCUGCUCAAGGAAAUGCUGAAAUACAGCAAGAACUGCGAGGGGGCUGAGGACCUGCAGGAGGCGCUGAGCUCCAUCCUGGGCAUCCUGAAGGCCGUGAACGACUCCAUGCAUCUCAUUGCUAUCACCGGCUAUGACGGGAAUCUCGGCGACCUGGGCAAGCUGCUGAUGCAGGGCUCAUUCAGUGUCUGGACCGACCACAAGAGGGGCCACACCAAGGUGAAGGAGCUGGCCAGGUUCAAGCCCAUGCAGCGGCACCUGUUCCUGCACGAGAAGGCAGUGCUCUUCUGCAAGAAGCGGGAGGAGAACGGGGAGGGGUAUGAGAAAGCUCCCUCCUACAGCUACAAGCAGUCCUUAAACAUGGCUGCCGUCGGCAUUACGGAGAACGUGAAGGGAGAUGCUAAGAAGUUUGAGAUCUGGUACAAUGCGCGCGAGGAGGUCUACAUCGUCCAGGCGCCAACUCCUGAGAUUAAAGCCGCGUGGGUGAAUGAAAUUCGGAAAGUGCUGACCGGCCAGCUGCAGGCUUGUCGAGAAGCCAGCCAGCACCGGGCGCUGGAGCAGUCGCAGAGCCUGCCUCUGCCGGCCCAGACCAGCACCAGUCCCUCGAGAGGAAACUCAAGGAACAUCAAGAAGCUGGAAGAAAGGAAAACAGACCCCCUAAGCCUGGAGGGAUACGUCAGCUCAGCGCCACUGACAAAGCCCCCCGAAAAGGGCAAAGAUGACACGGUCACUAGCUCUGCCUCAGAAAGCUCUGCGCUUUCCAGAAAGCGCUUUACCCUGCAGGGCUUUGCUAACCUCAAAGGUCAGAAAGCUUCUCCUACCAGUCCUGACAAAAAAGCCAAGCGGCAUGAAGUAAAGAGCGACCCGACUCCCUUUGGUGUGCGAGGUUGGAGCAAAACGUCCCACUCACUGGAGGCACCUGAGGAUGACGGGGGCUGGUCAAGUGCAGAGGAGCAGAUUAACUCGUCCGACGCAGAGGAGGAUGGCGGGUUGGGCCCCAAGAAGCUGGUUCCGGGUAAAUACACGGUCGUGGCGGACCACGAGAAGGGAGGCCCCGACGCGCUGCUCGUGAGGAGCGGGGACGUGGUGGAGCUGGUGCAGGAGGGCGACGAGGGCCUUUGGUACGUCAGGGACCCGACCACUGGCAAGGAGGGCUGGGUGCCGGCCAGCAGCCUGUCCGUCCAGCUCGGCCCGUCCGGCUCGGCCCAGUGCCUGAGCAGCUCAGAGUCGAGCCCGGGGUCGGCCGUGCUGAGCAACUCGUCCAGCUGCAGCGAGGGCGGCCAGGCCCCCUUCUCCGACCUGCAGGGGUAGCGCCGCGCAGUCCCGGCGCCGGAGACCCGCGCGCUGUCUGGGGCUGCCACUGCGAGGGCUGGCGUGGCGUGGGGAGGGCGCAGUGCCCCCGGACAUCCCGAGGAAGGGGCACCUCACCGCCCCGACCCAGAGCGCCUGGCCGUGCGGGCUGCAGAGGAGCCCUCCAGGGCAGAGGCAGGUUCCACCGAAGACCCCGGCCCGCUGGGGCUUCCUCGCAGACUCCAGAGCCCACAGAGGAGGCGCCGCAGGGAACAGCCCCGGGCAGGAGGCGCCGGGCAGCGGCAUCUCCUCCUGGCUCCACCGUGCUGCUUCUGCCUCUGGACGGUGCUUUCAGGGGACGCGCAGACCGUGGUGGAGCUGCUUCCGGAGAAGUGGAUGAUUCUCUGACCAACGGCCUGAGGAGAGCGCGGCACGGGGACUCUUUAUCUUUUACAAGUUUUAGGAUUUUUUUAAGCAGGGAUCAAUCCCGUGGCCAUUUUUUGUGGUACUUUGGCCUCAAUUCUUUACCAGGAAUCACUGUGUUUACAUGAAAUGACAAUUUGAUACUGUAUUUGAUAGAAAACUAUUUUUUUGUUACCGGGGUUUACAUAGAAGCACGUUGUUUAUACCACUAAAUGACCUUGGGGUACUCUCCCAUGGAAACGGAUGGCACUCCCUGAAGCUCCUUCGUCACAGGUGGAUGAAAACGUGUCCCUGGGUGACAUCGGGUGGUGUCUUCACCACCAAAAGCAGUUAGAAGCCAAGGAGAUUCCUUUACCUACCUAGGGUUCAUUUUCAAAAGAAAAUUUAAACUAUAAUUUAAACAAUUAACGUUCUUUUCUACAAAGAAAAAUGCAGGGACUUGAUUUUUUUAAAGAGCUUCACUGAAUUAGGAUAUUUUUAUUGCUUUUAAAGAAAAUACAAAGAUGCAGUUUCUGCAGGGUGUGGCAUAGACCAGUGCUGCUGACCAUAGCUCAGAGAGCCCUGCCCCUGCCUCACUACACUGCAGCCUCCUCGGAGGCCGCACCUCCACUCCCCUCCCCACGCGCCCCCUGCCUCCCACCCAGGUCCAUCUGCCACCUGGUGACCACCUUGAGUACAGAAGUGAAAGUGGGGAGAGUAUUUUAUUCAAGUCACAGCAGAACUGGAAAAAAACUCUUCUGUUUUACCCUUCUUGUGUUUCAGAAACAUUCUGUUCUUUUGAAGCCCUUUCGGUGUCUAGUCUGCAGAUGUUUUUGUAUGUGUGCACCUCUGACCAUGUGUGUACAUAUGUGUCUUGCUGGAAAGGACAUACUCGCUGUCCCCGUGCUGCUGGGCGUGCCGCCUCACAGCUUCACGGUUCCCAGCCCCAGCACAGUGGAGGUGGGCGUGGCUGCAUUCCCCUCAGGCUACCCUCCCGGCGGCUUGCAGCCGUCACUGGCCAGACCUCCAGGGUGCGGAAUCAAAUAGGAAGCAUGCAGAGACUCGGCAGCUUUUCCUCUGAUGUGUAAGUUAUUUGGAACGCGUGCUGUGUCCUGCAAUGUCCCUGAUGUACUGUGCAGGCGCGGUGCCUCCGUCUCCUCGUGCAGCUGCGCGCCCUUGUGUGACCCUCCCCAUAAAGGCACUUUACAGCUUCAUGUUUCAUCCACUGUCACUUUUUUUUUAACUGCUGAUGUAAAUGGAAUUUUAAAAGCAGAGUUCUUUAUUGUAUGGAUGACGUUUGAAUAAAUAUCAACAACUCCUGCCA